AUGGCUACAGAUUCACCCUCAUUGCUAAUCUGCGGUUCGGUAAUAUCGGACCCUGAUCAUGCGUACCUGUCCCGCAUUCGCUCCAGCAUCAUUCACAACCCACACUUAGCAGAGUUGCAGGACGCAGUCAUAGAACUCCCCGAACUCUGGUCUCUACUCGUCGAGAGAGAGAAGUCUCUACAACGAGUUGAUGCAGCACGAGUCCUUCGGAAUUUAGUCGAAUGGAUCAAGUGCGGCAACUCUUCUUUGCCGUUGGAGGGACGGACGUCAAGGAAUACACAAUUGGCAGUGUUGACAGUCCUGGCUCAUUUCUCAGAAUACAUGAUCUACUUGAAUAGUCAUGAUAUGAGUGAGGAAGAUGGCCGUGGGAACUUGGACGCGCAUACCAGUGUUCUUGAGGGCGUCCGCGACGGAGGCAUUCAAGGACUCUGUGUUGGACUCCUCUCUGCUAUAGCCCUCGCGUGCUCGCCAACCAUCACAGAUGUGGCCAAGUAUGGUACUGUUGCCGUGAGAUUAGCGUUGUGUGUUGGAGCAUUGGUGGAUCUCGACGAGACCGAGCUAUCAGAACCGACCGCCUGCAUCUUUGCGCGCUGGCCGCAGAGCGAGGAUGACGACAGAGAGGAAUUGUUAAAGGCCGUGCUCGAAAAUUAUCCAUCAUCCUAUGUUGGUGUCCGCCUAGAUGUCUGCAGUGUGAAUAUCACAGCACCCAAGGGGGUCGCUAUGUCUUUGAUGCGCAGUCUUGAGGAAACGGGGGCUGUGGCUAAGCAGAUAAACCUGCAAGGUCGCUACCACCAUCCAGGGCACGAGGCUAUGUUCCAGAAGCUGACCGAUCUUUGCGCGUCCUUGCAAAUGCUCCAAUUUCCCCAUCACAGCCAUCCGCUCGUACCACUAAGGUGGAAUGACAGCGGAGAAGUCGUAACGGACCAGACGCCGCUACACGAGGUGGCUUUGCAGUGUAUCCUGGUCAAACGUGCCGACUGGUACACCACCAUUACCAAGUCAGUGACGGAUAUGGCCCAGAGAACCGUGGCUUCCAGUGCCGACAGCAAAGCUCGAGUGUUAGCGCUUGGCCCUGUUGAUUGCAUUCCCCGGUCUAUCUUGUUCAUUACACCACUACAGGUCGUCCGCCCCAUGGCCAACGCAGCAUUUUAUCACGGAUAUCCUGAUGACUCCAUUGCAAUCAUUGGGGUUUCGUGCCGGUUUCCAGGUUCGGAGACUCUCCCACAGUUCUGGGAAGAGAUUCGGGCUAAGAGGGUAAACAGCUGCCUAGAGGCUGCUGGCUCCUUGGACUGCGCUUUUUUUCGAAAGCCCCCCCGCGAAGCCGAGCAUAUGGAUCCUCAGCAUCGACUUGGCCUUCAUCUGGCCUACGAAGCCUUACAAUCCGGGGGAUAUUUCAGUCCGUCAUCCUCAGUCACAGAUAACGUGGGGUGCUACAUCGGCAUGUCCUCUUGUGACUAUGAAGAGAACGUGAAUAGCCAUCCUCCAACGGCAUAUUCCUUCACCGGCACUGCGAGGGCCUUCUCGAGCGGUCGAAUUAGUCACUUCUUCGGCUUCACCGGCCCGUCCAUGGUGAUCGACACGGCCUGUUCGUCCUCUGGGGUAGCAAUCCAUACGGCUUGCAAGGCCAUUCAGUCGGGAGAAUGCUCCAUGGCCCUGGCUGGAGGCAUCAACUUGAUGGUCCCAGAGGCUAGGUCGCACCAGAACCUAGCGGCGGCCUCUUUUUUGAGCCCAACAGGUCAGUGUCGACCCUUUGAUGCUCGCGCAGACGGCUACCGUCGAAGUGAAGGCGGAGGCUUCGUUCUACUGAAGAGACUCUCCGCCGCAGUCGCGGAUAAUGACUGUAUCCUCGGCGUGCUGGCAGCCUCGGCCGUCAACAAUAGCAAGGGGAGUCGUUCAAUCACACUGCCAUCCAUUGAAUCGCAAAGCCAUCUCUACCGACGUGUGCUGCAGGCGGCGGGCCUGCACCCGCACCAAGUGUCGUACGUCGAAGCCCAUGGCACUGGCACUCAGAAAGGCGAUCCAAUCGAGUGGCAGAGCAUUCAAAACGUCUUUGGAGGACGCGAUCGAUCGGGAUUGCCACCUUUGCGUCUCGGUUCAGUCAAAGGGAACAUAGGACACUGUGAGGCGGCGUCAGGAGUGGCUGCUCUGGUCAAAGUGAUACUGAUGCUUCAAAAUCGCCAAAUUCCGCCCCAGGCCAACUUCUCGGUGCUAAACCCGGCCUUACCCUCGCUUGAAGAGGCCAACAUGGAUAUUCCUGUAUGCCUGGAGCCGUGGGAAGCGCCUUUUCGAGCGGCAAUGGUCAACAAUUAUGGCGCUUCGGGGACUAAUGCGGCUAUGCUUGUUUGCCAACCUCCACUAGCAUCUCCUGAACGACUCAUGUCUACGGGUCAACCUCAUCAGUGCCCAAUCUUGAUUGCUUCCCAUUCCGAGUCCAGCAUACGCCAGUACUGCCGCACUCUCAUGUCCUUCGUUGAGACUCAACGCUGUGUCCUCGGAGACUCUUUGCUCCCGAGCAUCGCUUUCCACUUGGGUCAACGACAGAACGAGUCUUGCCGUCACCGUGUUGCGUUUUCAGCCACAUCUGCAGAUGAAUUGAAGGUCCGACUUCACUCCCAAGCCCGUAACAAUCAUGACGAGUCGAAGGCAUCAAAGCCACAAGGUCGUCCGAAGCCCGUGGUGCUCGUUUUCGCUGGCCAGACAGGUCGCCAGGCUCUUCUCAGUCGAGAGGCCUACCUGAGCUCGAGCCUUCUACAGCACCACUUGGAUCGCUGCGACCGAAUCUUGCAGACCAUGGGUCUUCACAGUUUAUUCCCACGAAUAUUCGAGACGGAGCCCGUUGAUGACUUGGUUGACCUUCACUGCAUGCACUUUUCGUUACAGUACUCGGUUGCCGCAUCGUGGAUAGAUACUGGGCUAGAGAUCAAGGCCAUGGUUGGCCAUAGCCUGGGCCAGCUGACAGCUCUCUGCGUCAGCGGUGUCCUCAGCCUGCGAGACGCCUUGAAGAUGAUUUCUGGCCGGGCGUCGCUGAUCCAGAACAAAUGGGGCUCGGAACGAGGUUGCAUGCUUAGCGUGGAAGCAGAUGCCCCUACUGUUGAGACCAUUGCACAGUCAAUGCCAGGGGCUGGCAAAAUCGAAAUUGCCUGUUAUAAUGCCGCUUUGCAUCAGGUCAUCGUGGGUACGGAAGCGGCUAUCGCCGCAUUUGAGGAGGUUGCUCGCUCCCGCAACGUUUCUGUCAAACGACUACUCGUCAGCCGUGGAUUUCACUCGGAAAUGAUGGACUGCAUAGUUCCCGAGUACCAACAGCUUAUCCAACAGCUCACCCUGCACCCUUCCGUUAUCCCCUUCGAACCUUGUUGCAAGCUGGGUGACAACUGGGAUAAUAUCACACCUGAGCUGAUUGCCCGACAAUCCCGCGAGCCUGUCUACUUUAGCGACGCCAUCCGCAGAGUUGAGAAACGACUAGGACCCUGCAUCUGGCUCGAGGCUGGAUCCGGCUCUGCCGGUGUCACCAUGGCUCGUCGUGCGCUCACAAACCCCGGCACGCCCAGCUUCCCAUCCCAUUCAUUUCACUCGAUUCUGCUGCAGGGCCAAAACCCAAUCAAGUCUCUCGCCGACACAACCAUAAAUCUCUGGAACGAGGGGAUCCGAGUACAAUUUUGGCUGUAUCAUGCGUCAGAGAGACGCCGUUUUAUGCCAUUGGAGCUGCCUCCAUCCCCCUUUGAAAAGUCGGAGCACUGGCUACCUGUCCUACAAAAGCACAAAGAUUCGGAGCUUGCAAACCAGAACCAGGACCAAAAGCAGGAAGCACCAGAGUUGGUAUCUCUGGCAGGGCCUACCGAUGGGGAGACGGUCGAGUUUUUCAUCAACCAACAUAGCAAUGACUACUCUACCUUUGUACGAGGCAGGACGGUCUUCGGGCAGGUUCUAGCGCCAAGUUCUGUGUACAUAGAAGCUGUCACGCGCGCCUUUACCCUUCUCCCGAUGUAUUUAUCUACUCCCAGCUCAUCUCCUCCGUCCGUCGAGGUCAAGCAGGUGAGAAUGCAUGCACCGUUUGGUCUGGAUCUCCAAAAGCGCCUGCGCCUCACUUUGCGGAAAGAGACAAUGUCGAGUUGGCGUUUUGUCGUGGAGAGCCACCCCAUCGAUGAUGGUGACAACAAGGCUCGCAAAAUCCAAGCCUCAGGGACCAUCAAUUGGCAGGGACAAGGCUGUGCCUACCUGGAGCCUAGUCGGCCACUGCUUCGUCGUCUUUACGAUCGGUGCGAUGAGCUACGUGAUGAUCGCAGUGCCUCAACUGUCCAAGGGUUGUUCGUCAAGAAUAUCCUGGCGCGAGUGGCUACGUACGACAAUAGGUACCUGGGUAUACAGUCCAUCACAUCGAAAGGCCUUGAAGCCGUAGCUGAUGUUGCUAUGCCUACCAUCAUGUCUCAGGCUUGUGCAGGAACAGUUCUCAGCCCCCCGAUCUUUGAUAACUUCUUGCUCAUAGCAGAGCUUCAUGCCAGUAGUCUUGAAGAUCUUGCAGAAGAUGUAUAUAUCUGCAACGGUUUUGACGCUGUCAUCCCACAUGCUCAUCCUGGAGACAUGGUAUCAAAGUGCGAGGGACCUUGGAUGGUCCUUUCAUAUUUGAAUCGGGAGAACGAUAAGACCGUUUCAUGCGACAUAUUUGUGACCAGUGCAGAUCGUGAUAUACUUUUACUGGAGAUUAUAGGUGCAAGCCUGAAACGAAUUCCAAUUCGUUCUCUGCAGAAGGCCCUGGAGUCAAUAAAUGGCAUUCAACAGAUACAGGGCUCAACAGCACGAGGUACCGCCUCGACGGUAGUCAUCGAUUCCGAUAGUGACCUUCCGGAUUCAGAGGCAAAUUCGCCAAGAGUCGGAAGUGAUCUCCACGCCGAUUUCCCAGACUUGCAUCCUACUUAUGUUCCAAGGAUAUCUCGGGUUACAUCGAGCGAUUAUCCCAUGGACUCUUCGUCAUUUUCUUCUGCCCAGCCUCCGUCCUCAGCGAGCUCUGUACUGUCCGACCAUGAUCAGGAGAGUACUGCUCUACUCAGCCUGCUCUCAGAGCAUCUCAACUGCUCCCAAGGAAUCCCUCCUGAUACACGCCUGGGAGAGAUUGGAUUAGACUCUUUAGUUGCCAUACAGCUUAAGUCAGACGUGGAAAAGGCGUUUGGGAAGAGGCUGAGCCUGGAUACGAUUGACGAAAACUUAACCUUCUCAGAUCUCUAUCGAAUGGUUCUAAACCAUGACCUACCCAACGACCGGGGAUCCACUGUGUUAUCAGACAAAGCCCCCAAGAGCAAGUCAGACUCUAGCCUCCAUGGGCAGAGUUAUCAUGUUACUCCUAUCAGAGAGACUACUGUCUCCUUCCAAGAUUCUACUCUUUUUACCACUCAGGCCCGUCUAGAGUUUGCUCAAAUCAAACAAGAGACCAGCUCCUUUGCACAGAUGACUGGCUUCGCUGGUUUCUACACCGAUGUGCAUCAAAAGCAGACGUCUUUAGUGCUUGCAUACAUAUUAGAGGCUUUCAGCACUUUGGGGUGUGAUCUGAGCGCACUUCAGGCCGGAGAUCCGUUGCCUCCUUUGCGAUACACAUCAAAAUACCAAAAGCUCGUGUCUCGGUUCCAUAAGAUUCUGGAAGGCGCUGGCCUGAUCUCUGUUUGUGAGGGACAGUCUGUCCGUUUCCGGACUGCGGAGCCUCUGCCUCAAUUCGGAUCUUCAGCAGACACUUACCGAGAACUCCUGAAUGAGUGUCCGAAGUACCGACCAGACCAUCAGCUGCUCAAUGUCACCGGAUCUCGCCUUUCAGAUUGCCUCUCUGGUCGAGCCGAUCCACUGCAGUUGCUCUUCCGGGAUGCAGCCGCCGUUAAGCUCCUGGAAGACGUGUACGUUAGCUCCCCUAUGUUUGCGACUGGGAAUAAAAUGCUCGGCGAGUUCCUCCACCGAGUCUUAUCGCGGCUCGGUAGUACGAAAAGGCUACGCGUUCUCGAAGUUGGGGCGGGCACUGGCGCGACAACGCGGAAUGCUAUGGAUCAGCUGUUAGCAUCCAAUGUCGACUUCACUUACACAUUCACCGACGUUUCCAUCGCGCUUGUGACAAGCGCCAAGAAGAAGUUUGGUGCGCUAUACAACAGCCAGAGGCGGCAAUCCAAUAUGGAGUUUACAGUUCUCGAUAUUGAGAAGUCGCCACCAGCGAAUAUGUUGGAGUCGUACGAUCUCAUCAUCUCAUCAAACUGCAUCCACGCGACGCGGAACCUGGGGCAAGCUUGCGCCAACAUAGAAAAGUUGCUUCGGAGGGAUGGUGGCAUGCUAUGCCUAUUAGAGCUGACACGGCCUCUCAGCUGGCUAGAUUGCGUGUUCGGUUUACUUGAUGGUUGGUGGCGAUUCGAUGAUGACCGAACAUAUGCACUGGCCGAUGAGCAUAAAUGGAAGUCGACGCUGUUGGACGCGGGCUUCAUCCACGUUGACUGGACCGACGAUGGCUACCGCGAAUCUGAGCAGUUUCGAUUAAUCACGGCAUGGCGGUGA